AGGGCAUCGAGCAAGAUGGGGAAUAUAAAUAGAAACAAAGGGCAGCGAACGAGAAAACCAUUACUCGUCUGGUGUUGAGUUCCCCUUCGUUUGAUGGUUCGGUUGCUGGCUAGCAACAAUAAUCUGCAACCAGGAAUACUCGGUGGUUAUGGAUUGCCGGCUACGGAGGCAUGAACAGGAGAUUGUGAGGCCGGUCUCAAGCGAUGCUUCGUCUGAAGCUAACCAGCACGAAAAGAUUCGAGCUGCUAUAAUAAACCUCUCAGUCAUUCCCAUUACUCAACCAAGUAGUGUUUCCACAUUUGAUGUCGGACCUCUUCCAGAAUAUCCCGAUGAAAAGGAUAUCACAAAGUUUCCCCUCGUUAUCAGAGAUGAGCUAAUGAAUGAUAAUGAUAUGAAUCGCCCAAUCAUAGAUCUACAUCGCCUGAACCCAGGAGUCAGAGAAAAAGUUUGGAGAGACAGCUAUCUCAAAAAUCGCCAGAGCAUACAUCUACACAGGUUAAACGGAAUCAACUUAGUGGAGCUCUGUAAGGAUGUUCUUAGUGGGUUAACUCAUGAAAUGACAGAGAGAAGGGCUGCAAAUACCAUGUUGUUAGCCUGGAACAUGAGACAAUUUGAUAUGGUGUCUCAUGUUUUCCCUGCUCAAAACCCAUGUGCAGCUUCGUCAGACAUAGGUAUUGACACUUUGAACAAAAGGGUAUUCGGGAAAAGUGGUAUGGACCCGUAUGUCAGGCCAGAGGGCAUUGAAAAUGAUGAAUAUGUUGCUGCAUGUGCAUACAUAUCGGCCAGUACACUUCGUUUAUUCAGUCAGUCAGCAGAUAACUACAUGACUGCAGUUGAUAAGCACAUUCCACGUAUGUUCUACACAUUUUACAAUAUGGGCUUUCCACUUACGGAGUUUAAGCCAGACAAGAAAUGCAUCGAGGCCUUAAAACGUAUAUAUACGACAAAGCCAGUCUACCGGAACACCUUAGCCCCUUUCUUGUAUGAAUUCAAAGGUCUGAAAGAUGCAAAAGGAAUGUGUCAGAUGCUUUAUGAGCAGGACUUGGCUUUUACAGGAAUAUAUGGCGUAAACUUAUACCUCCGUGCUUGUUUUGGACUACAUGCAUCACUUGUCCAGUUAGGAUCAUGCCUUUGGCAUCGGUUUACGAAGGAAACUCUCAUUUCAUUGUGCAGAAUCUGCAGAAAAUAUGCCCUUGAUCCAUCUUUGGAGAAUUCAAGAGAUACAUGGAAAUAUGCACGUUUAUAUGGCACUGGGUAUUUUCCACUUCAUCCUGACAAGUCUAAGAGUGCUGUCGGUUGCCUUGCGAUUAUUUGCAAGAAGCUCGGAAUAAGUGAAAAUCAAGAUCUUAUGCACAUUGAACAGCUGAGGAACCUUUUUUUUUGGGAAAGCUCCAACGUUUUGGCAGAUAGGACAGUUGCCAGGUUCAGAGCGAAUGCUUCACCACAUCUUGGUCGAUCACCCGAAAUCUCGUCAGUGAUUAGGGAUGAUGCCCCAUCAAAGAAAGGGUUUAGGGAUGAAGAUACCCAACAUACGCAUCCUCAGAUGUCAAAGAUGAAGAGAUCAAGGAGACUUUGAAGAAUUGGAGAAUCCGCUAGAGCAGCAUGCUGAAGUUUAGAUACUCUCGCAGGCUGGGAACAGGCUGAAACUGAAAUUACUGCCCUCAAACUACUUGAAGUUGAAGAUCCUUCCCAGAAGAAUGUCUAGGGAGUUUAGGGAGUUGGUCACCAAGAAGUCUAGGGAGUUGGAGUCCAAGCUCCAAAACCAUAUUACUGAGCUGAAGGAGCUGUUAAGUAGCACUUUCUAUAUUUCUUUUGAUCGUGUACGUAGUACUGGCUGGGCUUGGAACAGUAGUAUUUGGAGAGGAUUUCAUAAUUCAUUUUUUUAAAAAGGGGCAGCCCCACCCCCUGCAUCAA